AUGGUUCGUGCUCUCAAGCAUCACGAGCAGAAGCUCCUGCGGAAGACCGAUCUCUACACCUAUAAGUCAGACCAAGGCCACCGGGCCGGUAAAGUCAGCCAAGACUAUAAACUCGACCCCGGAUCGGAAGAGUAUAACAAAUACAAUCAAAUUGCGGGAUCGGUUCGCAAGUUGGCGCACAAACUCUCACGGAUGGACCCCGAAGACCCUGUCCGCAGGAAGCUCGAGUCUGAUAUGCUGUACAAGUUACACAACAUGGGUAUCAUCAAGAAGUCGCGCGAACAGGGAGGGGCGUUGUCCCAAGUGGAACAUAUCACAGUUUCAGAUUUGGCUCGGCGGCGCCUGGCAGUCAUGAUGGUUCAUCAGCGGAAAAUGCCGACUAUACAAGCUGCUAUUGACGCUAUUGCGGAAGGCCAUGUCCGUAUCGGAACGCAGGUUGUUCAGGAUCCAGCAACUUUGGUCACGCGGAACAUGGAAGACUACGUGCAAUGGGUCCCCAACAGCAGCUUCAGGCAGGCGGGUCUGGAGUAUCGGGGUAAGAGGGAUGAUUAUGACAGCUUGCAGGCAUGA